UGGGGCAUCGUGAAGAUAUAGGGGCUUUGGUCUUUGGUUGAAACGGUUCCAGGCGAGAGUUGGUUAAAAGGAGAUGAGUAUUUUUAAAAAACUUUUUCGGACUAGCGUCCUUAAACACUCGGCGUUACAUCAGUGCGCGCUCCUCAUGACUGAGUGCGCGCGCUCUCUUCUGUGACGUACUUAGUUACCGGAAGUAAAGACGUUGUUCAGACAAACCAGACCGAGCCAGACGAGGCAACAUGGAUCCAAACACGACAAUUCUGCGAGUGAAGAGGAAACGGGGCACCGACCCCGCGGAUGCGCUCUUGCUGGCAUGCAAACGUAUCCGACCAGAGUCGGCCCAGAGUCCCGGCGAGACGGUACCAGAGCCCGCUGAAGCCGAAGUGGAGAACACCGUGUUCAAACUCGUGGCCACCGUAGCGACACAGGAUGCUCCUGUCCAGACACAAGUCCGCCACGCCCUCGCCCGGCCCCGCGUGGCUCACGCCCUGCGCCCGUCUGCCAACAGUUCUCAGCGGCUUUUAGGGGACCUGCGAAGCACAAAGUGGAGCACUCGCAAAGAGGAACGCUACAGGAUCCUGUCCAGUCACAGGACAGGUCUGUCCACUCCACCCGAGGCCCAGGACGCUCACACUGCAGAUCCAGAGGCUGCAGAGAAAACUGAGAAGCGUCAGGAGAAAUGGCUGGGUCUGGGUGAAAUUCAGGUGGUGGAUCUGGUUCAUGAGGACGUGGAUCAAAGCAAGUCCGCUGCCAAGACUCAGUCCUUGGACCCAGAGGUGAUCCUGUGCAACAAUACCAAGCUGCUGCGUGAGCGUCUCAACAUCUCUGGGGACCAAGCGACCGAAGAGCAGCGGAAUCUAGAGGACGACUACGUUUACGAUCUGUACUACCAGGAGUCGGUGACGCCAGGCUGGAUCCAGGACAUCCUGUCCGUCCGGGCGUACGCUGACGAGGGAGAACUGGUUCCUGACCUGGUAGUUCAUGAGGAGGAGGUGUAUGAAGACGAAGACGAUGAGAACAUGGAAAGCAACUGGAGGAACGACUACCCUGACGAAGAGAGCGACUCAAACAGUGACUCCGACUGUGACAGUGACAGAGAGGAGCGCUACGGCACUUUCUGGGAGGCGGAGCACUCGUACAGCCACAGGAGCUGGGAGCGCUACCAGCGGGACGUGCUGCAGGAGCUGGAGUGUCGCGGUGAGGACGAGGAGCAUGACGAUGCCGGCAACAAAUAUGAUUCCGACUGAUCGCUGACCAAGCAGAUUUCCUUCAUUUCCUGUUGAAGUCAACGCCACACUCCCGCCCCCUCCUCUGUGUUCAUGAAGAAUUGGCACCAGAUUUCCGUCACUCCAAAAUUCUUCCAGAAAUUGUAGCAACUGUGUAGCACUCAAAACCGGAGUGUUAAUGUGCCAACAGGAAUCAGUGUAGUUGCCCCCUGUUCCGGCUCUUUGCCACACAGACGACGGAGUGGGCCUCGUGCUUUUUUUUUUUUUCUAAAUGUGUGGUGAAGUGAACUUGUGUGUGCGUUUGUUCCAAAGUGGAUGUGCGUUAGAAACAUCGGUGUGGUGCGCCUCGUAUGCUUUGUGCUUGUUGACACUUUUGUUAGUGAGACGUCUCGCACCGCGUGCGAUUCCAGGUUUUAGAGCGUUUGCGUUUCUGUGCAUGGUAGUGUGUGUUCGUACAGCCGUGUGUGUGUGCGCUAGAUUUCUGUUUGCAUACGUGUGUUGUGUUGUUGUGGAACGGAGAGUUUGCUUCAGAACUGUACUCCUGUUUGUGGGACGUACAGAUUCUCGUGAAUGCCUGAAAAGAUUUUGUAAAUAUGUAGAUGUGUAUAAAAAGGCUUUCAAUAAAUGUAAAACAGAUUUUU